GUUGCUCGUAUCCAGGAGAUUGAGAACAUCGAGAAGUCCUGUGUCUCCGUCUUCUAUGGUGCUGGUGCCGACUCUAAGAACCGUGAGAAGGUUAAAGCUCUGACGAAAGCCGAUGUGGUCUAUUGUGGUAAGAACCGUAGAGGGAAGCCGUAUUGUAUAUUCGGGUUCCGUAAGGAGACCUCGAUGCCUGAUGGAGACUUUCUCAACGGCCAGUUUUUCGUUCGACCCUAUCGUUGCCGUCAAUCGUCUGGGGGUGAAGGGUUUCGACUCUCACGAGGAUUGACUGAUAAAAAUUCUCAAGUAGAGAAGAGUCGGGAUGUGGUUGCCCAUGCGGUUACUGGUGGUGGUAUUAUUCCCCCUGAGAUCGUGUUGAAGGCUCAGUUCUCUCCCGAUUCUAGUCCUGGUGAGUGGUAUCAAGUGGAUGCUGUAGUGGAUACUGGUGCUGGACUUUCGUAUUGGCUUGGGAAUGAAGUUCCGUGCGACCCCAGCGAGAAGGUUGAUGUGUCUAUUGUUGAAUUGGCAGAUGGUACUGUAGUCAACGUGGGGAAAGAGAUUGUAGGAAGGAUCUGUUUGCGUGGUGGUAAACUUGAAGUUCCAGUGUCCUUCAAUAUCUUUCCUUCCAGCACCCUCGGUACCAUAUCUGGAGAAUGUUAUGGUCCCUUUCGUGUACUGCUUGGUCGUGAAGUACUUAAUAAGCUUAAUAUUGUGGUUUCUGUGCCACCAGAGGCUACAUUGGAAAGUGAUUUUCCGGAUACGUAUGGUGUGUAUGUGGUUGACGAUUUGGACCCCAAGAAUGGUGUAAUUCCUCUCGUUCCCCCGCCUACUAUGUCCGGUGUUGAUUCUCUCUCGGUUGUGCCCACUCCCGAGGAGCAGAGCAUUGUUACUGCGGCGUUGAAUCGCCUUU